AUGCCCGAAGUCGAUGGGCAGGGGCUAUACACUGUUGCGGUGCAGGAAUCAAACCGUGCUAAUGUUGAGGUUGACAAUACCUCUGGAGUUGCCCUGGGGCCUAUCAGCCUGAGCUUUGCUACGGAGCUGAACGAUCGCCAGGGCCUGGACGCCAGCAGCAGCGGCCGGGGUGAUGAUGAUACAGCGGGUGUUCAGCCGCCCAGCAUCCAUAGCAUGACAACGGAUGAGUGGCGCGCCUUGUACGAGAAGGAUGGCACCAAUGAUCUUUGGCUAGAGGACGAGUUUAACGCCGGUUCACGUCUUAUUGGUGGGCGAGCUGUGCACAAGGGUGGAGUGUAUGGCUUCCGUACUGGCGAAGGUCCUACUGCAGGUGACGUGCCGCGCCACAAGGUCAAGAUUUUUGACCACUACGGUAACCAGGAGAUUGACAUCGAGGUGCCCGAGGACAGGUACAUUCUUUGGGAAGCUGAGGACAAUGGUCUCCAGCUGCCUUACGCUUGUCGGAUGGGAUGCUGCACGGCAUGUGCCGUACGUGUAAAGGAGGGAAGAGUGUACCAGCCCGAGGCGCUGGGUAUUAGCCAGGAGCUAAAGGAUCAGGGAUAUGCGCUUAUGUGCGUUGGUUUCCCCACCUCCGAUGCGGUUAUGGAAACUGUUUCCGAGGACGAAAUUUACGAUCUGCAGUUUGGGCAAUACUUCGCAGCGCAAGCGCUUGAUCCAGAUGCGGAAAGUGUGUCCCGUGACGAUUACGCACUGUCAAUUGCGAAUAUGGACGAGUAG